GCUCUCUUUCGUUCGGGUUUCAACAGCGGCUGGGUUCGACGAAUCUCGUCGUGUCGUUGUGUGUAUGUACGCAUUGCACACAUGAGUGUGUAUAUUUAAUUUAUAUAUGGUUCGCACGGUCGGAAGAAUCUUUUCUGUUAUAAUAGCCGCACGAGUUGCCGUUCUGACGUAGCGAAUACGAGAAUUAAUAAUGCCGUUGCAAGUUCACGACGUUCAGCAAAAUGUCGUGGAGCCAAUGCAGGUUGAUGCUCCUACAGAGGAUAAUGAUAAUGCUGAGGAAGAACCGUAUAUAGUAGAAAAUCCAACCCUAGAUUUGGAAGUAUAUGCCAACAGCUAUACCGGACUUGCAAAACUAUAUAGACUAAUGUUCAUCGCCGAUCACUGUCCGUCAUUAAGAAUAGAAGCGUUAAAAAUGGCAAUUACCUAUGUGAUGACCACGUAUAAUGUUCCGCUUUAUGUGUUGCUUCAUAAAAAGCUCGCACAAGCCAUGGGUACUCCCGGAUUGCCGGAUGUGGCGGCGCAAUCAACAUCUCAGGACACGCUUACAUUGGAUCAAACAUGGGUGGAGACUCGGUCUAAGAAGGCGGCUCUCAAAUUGGAGAAGUUUGACACCGAUUUGAAAAAUUACAAGAGCAAUUCUAUAAAGGAAAGCAUAAGAAGAGGUCACGACGACCUGGGUGAUCAUUACUUGAAUUGUGGUGAUCUUGUUCAUGCUUUGAAAUGUUACUCUAGAGCACGAGACUACUGCACCAGUGGCAAACACGUGGUGAACAUGUGUUCGAAUGUAAUCAAGGUCUCUGUUUAUUUACAAAACUGGUCUCACGUACUUAGUUAUGUCACGAAAGCAGAAAGUACUCCGGACUUCCCGGAAUUACACGGUAAAGACAACAACCAAGCCAUAGUCACCAAGUUAAAAGUGGCGGCUGGUCUGGCGGAACUGGCAACAAGAAAAUACAAAAUGGCCGCGAAACACUUCCUUCAGGCGUCCCUGGAUCACUGCGAUUGUCCCGAAUUACUCUCACCUGGAAAUGUGGCUCUUUACGGCGGACUUUGUGCUUUAGCUACUUUUGACAGGCACGAACUGCAAAAACAAGUUAUAUUUAGUAGUUCCUUCAAAUUAUUUUUAGAAUUAGAACCGCAACUGCGAGACAUAAUUUUCAAAUUUUACGAAUCAAAAUACGCGUCCUGUCUGAAGUUGCUCGAUGAGAUCAAGGACAACAUUCUUCUGGAUAUGUAUAUAGCGCCCCACGUAAAUCUCUUGUACACACAAAUACGAAAUAGAGCCUUGAUACAGUAUUUUAGUCCAUAUUUAAGUGCGGACAUGAGACGAAUGGCAACCGCGUUCAACAGAACUGUAUCCGAAUUAGAAGACGAGCUCAUGCAACUCAUUCUCGACGGACAAAUUCAGGCUCGUAUAGAUUCGCAUAACAAGAUUUUGUACGCAAAGGACGUCGAUCAACGCAGCACCACGUUUGAGAAGUCUAUGAGCGUCGGCAAAGAUUAUCAGAGGCGUACACGAAUGUUGAUUUUAAGAGCUGCGAUGUUGAAACAACAAAUUCAUGUGAAGAGUCCCCAACGUGACAGCACGCAAGGAGGUGAAAUGUCGGUAGCACCUGGAAACGGUACUCUAGCGGGAAAAAAUUGAGAUCGCACGCACGCGUUGAUGUAAAUUUGUUUUCUUCGCGUUCGAAGAAAACAUUUUUAAUGCGCGUAUCAACUGCCACGAUGAACUUAGGUAUAUAUGACGUAAGGUUUUCACCUCUACCACACAAACACCACGUAUAUAAGUUCAGCAUCGCAUUACUUCUCCGAAGUCAAUGUCUUGUACCUCAUUUUUUCAACGUAUAAUAUAUGAUAUGUAUAUAAAUAUUGCGACACACAUUGGUUAUAUUUCAAGCAACAAAAGCAACGUUGUCUCGAGUUAUAAUAAUAAUAAUAAUAAUAAUAUA